AUGAAUCUCUCUCCAUCUAAAUCACGGCGCCAGCCCAAGUUGCCGCCGUCAUCACCACCGAUGAGUCUUCCCGACGAUCUUAUCAUUGAAGUUUUAUCAUUACUUCCCGUGAAAUCUGUUAUGCGGCUCAAGACUGUUUGCAAGUCCUUGAAUGCUAUAAUCUGUAACCCUAAAUUUAUAAAACUCCACCAAAAAAUAUCUGAACAAAACAAACGGAUACUGCUAAUCUCGAAUGACUCAAGUGGAUCCAUAUAUGUAGGAGCCGAUUCUUGUCUGAAGAAUCCGCUGAUCCCUUUUGCAGAUGCUGCUUACUGCAGAUUGAAGAAAAAGGAUAAGAUAAUAGCCAUCGGUUACUGCAAUGGUUUGUUCUGCUUGUUUGGUUAUUCUCGUAAUACCAUGGAAGAUUGGCUUUAUUUCUGGAACCCUGCUACGAAGACAAUAUCUCAGAAAUUCAAAUAUUCUACCAAUGAUAGUGACUGUAUCAUAUUUGGGUUUGGUUAUGACAAUUCGACCAACACUUAUAAGGUAGUGACCUUUUGUCAAAUGACUAAAGUUGCUAGAGUUUUUUGUUUGGGUGAUAAUAGUUGGAGAAAUAUUCAAAGGUUUCCCGAGUUUUGUAUUUUCUCUAGUUUUUGCCAUAGCGGCGUGCAUUUGAGUGGCACUCUAAAUUGGUCGGUAGUUGGAAAUGAUGUUACAUAUGAUUGGGAGGAGAAUUGUAUAGUUAAGAAUUUUGUAAUCAUCUCACUUGAUUUAUUGACAGAGACAUGCACACAGUUGUUGCCCCCUCAAGGUCAAUGUUUGGGAGAAGGGUUGAUAGUUGAGCCAACUAUUUGUAUGUUUAUGGACUGUCUUUGUUUAUCUUAUGGUAACAAUGAGUUCUCUUUUGUGAUAUGGAAGAUGAUGGAAUUUGGAGUUCAAGAGUCUUGGACUCAAUUUCUUAGAUUUAGUUAUCUCAAUUUUCCGGAACUUUUCUUUGGUAAAAACUUGGUGCCAUUGUGCCUUUCUCAUAAUGGUGAUGAAUUGAUCUUGGCAGACCGCUUAGAAGGACAACUAAUUCCCUAUAAUUGCAGAUACCAUAUUGUGGACCCAAGUAGAAUUGCCAAAGGAGAAUGGGGGAUCUUUGUCAAUAAUUAUGUUGAAAGUUUGGUUUCGCCGAAUGGAAUGUAA